AUGUCGUUUUCGGAAGCACUGCCUUAUAACCCUUCGAGCCUGAGCUGGAACGAUACGCAUACUCUUAAUGACCAGAAUCAAUACUGUUAUUGUGGAAAGGAUCGCAAUCUAAAAUUCCCUGAUGCGCAAUGCCGUACAUGUCAAAACUUUUUCCAUCUUUCUUGCUUGACACCCCCGUGCAAUAGUAUGACUGGCUUUUCCACGAAUUAUACCUUUACGUGCCGACUUUGCAGCGACGACGGAUUUGAGCAUUUGGAACGAGGAGUAUCAGCUUGGAAAGCCGUAACGGCUACCUCGAUGGCCAAUUUGGUAGUUAAGCGCUAUACUGAUGCUCAUCCUGAUGUACCUAUCGAAGACUUGAAUGCCGCUAAUAAAAAGAAUUUUGCUGGCGACAAAUUCUUCUUCAAAAAAAAGGAGGAUUUAAUCCCUUAUAUAGAAGAAAACUGGCACCUGUUGUGUCCCGAUCGUGAAAAAGUGCAAACUUGGCAAGCUACUUUAGGAAGUUGCUUGGUUGCCAAUAAAGAUACAUACAGUGCAAAGGAUGAGUCUUUAAGGAACCAGAACUCCGAAUAUUCUUUGAGUAAUCCUAAUUUAUUUAUUUUUCGCUCUGGCUACAUUGUGCCUUUCCAAAGAAUUGGCGCAACCGUUCCGAAGCGGCGGUUUUCUGAAAUGGAUUCUUCCUCUCUAGUUUCUGCAAGGUUAAAGGAAGACAAUAAAGAACCUAAAAAGGAACAGAAGCGUGUCAAUAGCUCUGUAUCAAAUGCUUUCAACAAGAAAAAAGACGUGCCCACCAUUCCUAUACGCUACAAACCGCCUCCUUGGAAGCCGUCUGAUUUCAACACUGUCCCCAAACUACCAAGUUUUACCCAAGCAUCUUCCAAUAAAUCCCAUGGUUUUUUUUCUUUGUCUGAAAUUCCUUUUAAUUCUCGAGGCUUUCGAUACACGCCUUGCGAAGCUGCCCGUGAUCUCCCAAGUACAAUGUAUCGUGAAAUUGAACUUCCUCCCUUUUGUGCAAGGAUCAACUGGCAUGAUAUAUCUCCCCCUGUGUUGGUCGAUCAUUCAGUGUUGUCAGCGACAGUGGAAAAGGGUUUCCGUAUGGCACGUUCCAAUGUAUUUAUGGCUCAAGGAGAAUGGUAUUUUGAGGUCAGAGUAGAAAAAGGAGGUGGCCAUGAUGGCUCUCACGUUCGUGUAGGACUUGCUAGGAGAGAAGCUCCACUCGAUGCUCCUGUUGGUUACGACGCUUAUUCUUAUGGAUUGCGAGAUGUAGGAGGGCAGAAAGUCCACAUGUCUCGACCGCGAGCUUUUAUGGAAUCUUUUGGAACUGGAGACGUUAUAGGAUUUCAUAUUUCCUUACCAAAAAUUACGCCGACAGAUGUUCAAGCUUCUAACAUAUACCAUGACAGGAUUCCUAUUCGCUAUAGAGGACAGCUCUUUUUUGAGCAGCCAGAUUAUGUGCCAAGCAAAGCGAUGGAUGAACUUUUAGUACCAAAUGAACAAGCCAAGUACAUGGAUUUGGCAUAUUUACCUAAUUCAUAUAUAAAAGUAUACAAAAAUGGCUCGUAUAUGGGAACUGCGUUUGAAAAUUUACUGGAUUUUACACCUAUUAAUUCUAUAAACUCUAAUCAACAUUCAUUUAAUGACGGUUCUCUGGGUUAUUAUCCUGCAAUUAGCAUGUUUGGAGGAGGAAUUGCUAGGUUUCAAUUUGGUCCUCAAUUUUCGCAUCGCCCGUCUGCAUUGGGAUCAAAUGUGCGACCAGUGUCAGAAAGAUAUACGGAACAAAUUGCAGAAGACGUUUUAUGCGAUAUCCUUGAUGAAAUUGAAUAUUCGAAUGAACCGAAUGCUUUCUCGGCGGAUCUACUGCCUGAACAAGAUGAAGCAGGUUUAACAGUCAUUCCUGAAAUUAAAGAAAUAUUAGAAUAA